GCUUCGCGACGCUAUGGCGCGCUGCGCAAAGCCCACCGAGUCCCGUGGCUCUUCCUCUGUGACGUCAAUGGCCGCGUGGGCUCGGUGCCGUCUCCGAUGAUCGGAAAGGAGGGCGCCGAGACUGAGAACUCCAACGGCUGCAUGCUUCGCGAGUUUGCGGGUGACCAUUCGUUGAUGCUGGCCAACACUUGGUGGCCGUCAGCCGGAUACACUUGGACACCAUCGAAGCACACGCGUUCUCGCAUCGACUACGUUUUGAUUCCCAAUGAGGUCUUCCACGGCGCGGCCUAUUGCAAGCCGAACUACGACAUCGACCUGGCCAUGAAUGCAUGGGAGGACCACAAUUUAGUGGAAUUCCAGACGGCCCUGGAGCCCAUGGUCGUGACCAAGGUGCCGGACACUAGCUUCAAAAUCAAUAAGAUGAACUUGAGCGUCCCGGCCCGGCGCGAGCAUUUCCAGGAGCUGAUUUGAUUGUUCCCGCAGAUUACGGCGGACUACCCGAGAGCGAGUGGCCCCGCCGCCACUGCCUCUGGAGAUUUUGGCCUGGAUCGCGCCGGCUCUGAUGCCGGUAGGGUUCAGGAGCCUUGCACCGGUGGUGCCAGUGGCGCCGCUCCUCAUAUUGAUGACCACGUGGAGCUCCUGAACACGUAUGUGCGAUGGGCUGCAACAGAGGCGUUCGGGAAGGCCGAGCGCCAGCCGAGGCAACGCUGGGUCAGCCCACAGGCUUGGGAGCUAAUUCAGCACGUGGCGCCGCUGCGGCGCCUCCACCACCGCUACUGGGAGCUGGAGAAGCUGCAGAAGCAGGCGGAAGUUUUCUUCCAGUGGCGCCGAUGGCUUCCUUCCCGAGUCGAUGCCACGGCAGCGGAGCGACCGUUCGCUCUUUUCGGCUCAGCCGUGGACGCUGCAGGUGUUGCCCGGCGGGCUAGAUGGCAGGGUGCGGUGGCGCAUUCCAUGAUCUUUCGUGUGCAGGCCGCCGCCCGCCCGGUGUUGGAGCGGGACCGGAUGGCAUUCCUCGAGCCAUGGCAGCGUCCUCCUCGCUCGAGGAUGGCGAUAGCAGGCAGGCGUACGCAGUGGUACGUGCGCUGGCAGGCCGCUCAUUCCGGCCCAGCCCGAGUAUCUUCUUGGUCGAUGGCACGGUCACCGCUGACCCAGCAGCAGUGCGUCAACGUUGGCUGGAGCAUUUUCGAGACGUUCUCGGCGGUUGCAAUCUUGAUCCUGGGCAGAUGCGGGAGCGACCGCGGCCUCCGCGCACCUCCUCGAAUUGCCUGGAUGUGGGACCUGUCGCCACCGAGGAGUCGUUUAAGCGGCUGGGCCACAACAAGGGUUGUGGUUACGACGGCAUCCCGGCGGAGUUGCUCCGCGCUGGAAGUGCAGCAGUGGCCUGCAAAUGCGCGGACGUCAACCGCCGCGUGGUGGCCAACGCUUCAUGGCCCGUGCAGUGGCGCGGCGGCCUGAUGCAGGAGGUCUUCAAGAGGAAGGGCGACCCGUGUGAUCCUGAUGCCAGCCGAGGCGUGCUUCUGGCAGAUCACGCUGGCAAGGCGCUGGCGGGGCGGCUGAAGGAGGUGCUCGACCCCGUGUGCGAGCAGCGCCUCCCGCCCACGCAAUUUGGCGCCGUGCGGAAGCGAGGCACUGACCAGGCCGCGCUCCUAGUGCGCCCUGCGGUGGAGGUAGCGCAGGCGCGGCAGUGGUCCGUCCUGGUUCUCUUUGUGGACCUGAUCAAAGCCUUCGACCGCGCGGUGCGUGAGCUGGUCUUCGGCUGGGGCCCGCAAGAGCCCGCUGACCGAGCGCAGGCGCUGCGUGAGCUCGGCGUUGCAGAGCCUGCGAUUGACUGGAUGCUCCGCUACCUGGACGCCCGCGGGCCCCUGCUGCGACAGUGGGGGGCUGAUGAGGGCGCGGCGGAGACGUGCCAAUCUUUGCAUGCAGGCUCGUGGUUCGGUGUCUCAGGCACCAGCGCCCGAGUGAGCACGAAGACUGGCAGCCGGCAGGGCUGCAAGCUCGGAGCUUUCAUUUUCAACUCUGCGUACUCCAUCGUUUUGGAAACUUUGGGAUGGGAGCUUUCACAGGCGGGGGUUUGCUUUAAAGCUCCCUGUUCCCACUACCCCGUUCUGGGCGCCAGCGGCGGCCUCUCAUUAUGAUUAUGACCCCACCCCGGUGGUCGACGCUACGUUCGUCGAUGAUGAAUGUUUUGUUCGUUUUGCCUCCACGGGGGCGGCGUUAGAUGCAGCGAUUGACGUUCCCCUCAGCAAUCUGUUUCGCAUUUCUAGCAGCCUCCACCUUGCCAUCAACACGAAGCCUGGCAAGACCGAAGCGUUGUUGAAGUAUAGGGGGGCCGGUUCAUGCGCGCUCCGCGAGGCCCGUCGGUGCUCUGAUGGUCGCCUGCGCCUGUGUGUUCCCGAGCUAUCCCAGCAGAUCGAUGUAGUAGAACAUUAUCAGCAUCUUGGAACAUUUACCAGCCUCGAUGGCGGCUGCUUCGCAAACGCGGCGCACCGGUGUUCGACCGCCAUGACGGCGCACGGCCCCUUGGCUAGCAAGGUUUUUGGGUCUGCGAAAAGCCCUAGGCCCUACAAGCUUCGUUUUCUGGACACACUUGUGCUUUCCAGGCUGCUUUGUGGUGUAUUCUUGACUCUUCCCCGCCCCAAGAGCUAAAACGCUUAAAUGCGGUCUACAUGCGCGCUCUCCGACGCAUUGACGGCGAGUCCCGUUUCUCGUCUGAUGUACAGCGCUCUGACUUCGAGAUCCGGUUGGACCUGCAGCGCCCAUCGAUCGAUUGUUUAGUGUCCCGCAGUCGUCUUCUGUUCUGGGGACGGUUAGCCCGCUCCCGGUCGAGGCCUCUUCUCGCUCUACUCCACGUGCGGCUGCAUGGUAAACCGCUGCCGUGGGUUGCAAGACUUCUGGAGGAUGCCGAUCUUCUGCGGCGCCGAGUCGUGCCCGCAGGGUUCCCUAAUCCAGAGGACGCCCCUGACCAGUGGCAAGCCUUGCUGGAGGAUGAGAGUGCUUGGAGAGCGUGCGUGGCGCAGCUCCUUUUCAUCGAGUCGGUUUCUGGCGAUCGCAAACACUCGCACCCCUCCCCAGCAGUUUGCGUAUGGCCGUGCCCUGAGUGCUCUAAAGCUUUUGCCUCGUCCAGGGCGCUUGAGAGCCACAGGAGGGCGAUGCAUGGCACGCCCAACGACAUUCGUCGAUUCCUCCCGAACGCGCGGUGCCCAUGCUGCAAGACCGAUUUUCAACAGCGUCUGAGACUGUUGGCGCACGUGUCGGAUGCUCGGCGUCCCAAGUGCAGGGAGUGGAUAUUACAGCAUUGCCGUCCACUCCCCGCUGAUCGCGUGGACGAGCUUGACCAGGAGGAUCGAGUCCUCCGCCGCCUUGCACAGCAGGCUGGCCGUAGCCACCACUUGGCGGUGCUCCCCGCCAGGCGCCGCGACGGAUCGGUCGUUGGCCGCACCUCUCGGUAGAACCUGGCCCCGGCAGCGUGGCCGGGACACGCGCCCUUUGACAGUGGCGCGUCGCUGUUUUUUCAUUGUCUUGAGACUUCCAGCCUUGCAG